UUACUUGGUCACAAGGUAGAUUUUCUAGCAAAUGUUGAGACUUACCAGCAAAUGGCUGCUGAAGAUCUUGCUAGUUCUGCUCCUGUUGGAAGAGGGGAGGUGGGAAUCUGGCUUCUCCUGGACCCCUCCAUCUGAAAUGCAGUCGGUGCCUCCCGAGACAAAGGUCCCUAGCCAGGGAGGGAAGUGCUGGCUCUUUUGGCUUCUCUCUUUCUCCUGGCAUUUGAAUUGCCAAUUAAACUGUCACCCCAUCUCUAAAGCCCCAAGGAGAAGAAGAAUUGUUGGCCACCACGUAAGAACAUUGAGAGAGGAGCGCUGAAGGAUGAUGCCCGGAGGAGCGAGGUGUUGCAGGACUGGGGAAAGAAAAGGCAAACGCGACUCAGAAGGCACCUCGGAGUGACUGGUGCCUCAGGGAGAAUGAGGAUGCAGAGCUGGUCCUGAGAUGGAUGGUGAUAGCUCCACGACAGAUGCUUCUCAGUUAGGAAUUGCUGGAGAUUACAUUGGUGGCAGUCACUAUGUGAUACAGCCUCAUGAUGACACAGAGGACAGCAUGAAUGAUCACGAAGAUACAAAUGGCUCAAAAGAGAGUUUUAGAGAACAAGAUAUAUAUCUUCCAAUUGCAAAUGUGGCAAGGAUAAUGAAAAAUGCCAUACCCCAAACAGGAAAGAUUGCUAAGGACGCAAAGGAAUGUGUGCAAGAGUGUGUAAGUGAAUUCAUCAGCUUUAUAACGUCAGAAGCAAGUGAGAGGUGUCACCAAGAGAAAAGAAAGACCAUCAAUGGAGAGGAUAUUCUCUUUGCCAUGUCUACCUUGGGGUUUGAUAGCUAUGUUGAACCUUUGAAGUUAUACCUCCAAAAAUUCAGAGAGGUUUCGAAAGGAGAAAAGGGAAUUGGGGGAACAGUUACAACUGGAGAUGGUCUAAGUGAGGAGCUCACAGAGGAAGCAUUUACUAACCAGUUGCCAGCAGGCUUAAUAACUACAGACGGCCAACAGCAGAAUGUUAUGGUCUACACAACAUCAUAUCAACAGAUCUCUGGUGUUCAACAAAUUCAAUUCUCAUGAUUUGAAGAAAACUUUGUAUCUGGGAACACGAGACGGAAAAGCUGUGCAACUCUAACGAAGAGGCAGUUUUAAUGACUGGUGAAGAGACUUAUCUCUUUGUAUAUUAAAUAGCUGUAAUGUAGCUACCUGAAGCUUGACUAAUUGAGGUGUGAGUUCUGACUCAAAUCUUUUUCAUGAUAAUUUUAAAAAAAAAUUUGGAUUUUAAAGGUAUUAAAGUAUUUUUGUUUUGUACAAGAGUUUGUUGCUCUGUAUAACUCCUGUAUGCAUUGUAUAUUGCAAUUUAUUACUGUCAGAGAUUUGUAGACAGUUUCUUAUUUUCAUAUUGAAUCAUGUUACUUUUGUAAUUCAGGUAAACAGCUGGGUUAAUUCAUGUUUACCCUUUGAAUAAAAUAGUAAGGGGUAAAGUUCAUUUUUGAAUGCAAGUUGCCUUUAUUAUAAAGAUUGAGUUGGUCUUGGUUAUGUAACUUGUCUUGCAUGACAACUUCAACUAACUUUACAUGUCGGCAUAUUUAUUGAAAUUUCAAAAGGGACUUUUUCCUCAUGAAACUAGCAGCUCGGAAGAAUUGCUACAACUGUUUUUUUUUUUUUAUGUAACUUCAGAAUUAAAAGUUAAUCAAAACCAACCAACGCUCUACUACAUUUAGAGACUUAGAGCUUAUCGGCAGUGUUGAUGAAAACACUGCGUGCGACGCAGGUCUUCAUUUCAUUUUUAUUUUUUUUCAGUUGCAUUAACUCUCCUUAGACUUACUUUGAUAUAUUUAAGGUAGUCUUUGUGCUACUGAAAUAACUCUUCCUUUUUAUGUAUGGUUUUUAGAAUCCAAAACUUAGAAAUUCAAGGAUAGUGGGGGAGGGCGGGAUUUUAUAGUCCUUGUGGUAAAAGAUCUCAUUUUAACUUUUUACUGAAAUGUUUUAAGGUUUCUCGUGAGACUGUGGGAACUCAACUGUGUUAGCGACGUUCUGUGUACAGGCUGCGUGCGUGUGCGUGCGUGAGUGGUUGAAACUUGGAACAAGCGAUACGACUCUGAAAUGGAAGACAGACUUCUAGUUUGCUGUCUCUUUCCUGGUUUUGCAAUAAACUCUACCUAGAUAACGUAGUUCUGUAUAUUUAGUGAGCUGUUCUUAGUAACGUUGCUGUUUCUUUAAUGAUCGGGUGGGUGAUUUUGUUAGAUGCACUGUUUUAGCCCGUUAGGAUAGGGGUGGUGGGUUUAGUAAUAUAUCUUAUUCAGACUGAAUUUUGGGACCUUUGAUAUUUUUACUGUUUGCAGUGGACUGAAAUGUAAUAUAAUAAUUAUCUUUCCACAUACCGGUCAAUAAUUUAAGCAAACCACACAUUGAACCUGUUGCCAUAUUAUUUCUUGCUGGUUUUGUCUUUUUUUUUUUUUGUUUUUUAAAAGUAACAGUUUAAUAUUGGGAGAACAGUUUAAACUAAGACAUCCCAGAAGCCUGAAAUAGCCAGUUCUUUGCUAAAAAAAAAAUUUUAUGUAUGUGCAGAUUUGAACAAUUUUUCUUACAAAUCAGCAUCGUGCUGGCAGAGCAUCUGCAGGCGACCCGGUGUAUUUUGUGGUGAUCUGGGCGGAUGUUCUGGGUUUUUUGGCAGUCUGUCAAUCUUCAGCAGCUAUGACUGAACA